GAUUCCAAGUGUCCACUGAGGCGAGUCCGGAAAGCACACUGAUCCCCAUGAUGAAGCACGCAGAUCUCGGUGACGCGCUGCCUUGUGACGGUGACGCGCACACUGGUCUCGGUGACGAUUACGCGCGUCUCGGUGAGUCUGCUGUGGACAGAUGAUGCUCCGUUUAGCGGUGCUUUAAUCCUCGGCUUGGAUGAAUUUGGUCUAAGGAAAAUUAUCUCUUUAUUAUGCCGCAUGAAUGUUCGUGACAACGCGAACUGCUCCGUUCGAUGAAUCCCGCUGCGUCCGGGUCGAUUUGGAGAAGGCCGGUGGGUGCCGGUAUGUAGGAGCGGGGACUGCGUCCAGCGCGACCCCGGGCUGGUAAUCCGCUUUCGCCCCUAGCCGAACGCAUUUCUGCUGCAACAUGCUGGCGAACACACGGGGCUUUUUGUGGUCUGACGUGGAGACCAGAGCCUUGCUGAACAUCUGGGGUGAGCAGGACGUGCAGAUGGCGCUGGACGGAAACUUCCGCAACAGUCACGUUUACCGCGACGUGGCCGGCCGCCUGGGGGAGAUGGGCUUCGACCGGACGCCGGAGCAGUGCCGCAUUCGCGUCAAGAGCCUCAAGAGACAGUACUACCAAGCCAAGGAGGGCACUAGAAGGAACGGCCACUGUCACAAGAUCUGCAAGUUUUAUGACGAGAUGGAGAGGAUUUUGAGUAGCCGACCUCAAAUGGAGACGCAGGAUGGCGUGGCCACAGGAGACGAGCCCCUAGACGGCAUGGAGGAGGAAGGAGAUGGCACAGAGCCUGCACAGGAGACCUUGGUGGAGCGUGCAGGCGAAUCAUCCUACACUCAGCCCGCUGUGAAGGUGGAAUACCCAGCAUUCCCCAUCCCAGUGACAGUGAACAGCGGCGCGUCAGUAAGGCAGCCUGGUGCCCAGGCCUCUUUGGGCAGCCCGUCCUCCAGCCGGCCCAGGAGGUCGCGGAAGUGUCAUGCCAGCCUGCCUCUGGACAAGCUCCUGGAACGCUUCCUGGAGCACAGCGUGGAGGCCGAGGAGAACUUCCACAAGCAGGAGGAGCAGCGGCAGCAGCUGGAGGAGCGGCGCCGGGAGGCGGAACACGCACGUGAGCUGCACAUGCUCCAGAUGUUGGGCCAGAUGUUCAGCGGGAUGGUCACACCCAGCCCCACCCCCACGCCACAGGCCUGCCCCCAGCGUCACGCUGACCAGCAGCCUUGUGGAAACCGAGGGGCCGUCCCAGCCCGUCCGCUAGUUAUUGAGCGUUCAUUUUCCGUGGGAGGCACCACGCAGAGGAACAUGGACAGCAUCCUGCCUCUUGUGAAGAGCAUCAUUCCCCCGCUGAUGCCUAGGAAGCACAAGGGCCAGGAUGGGCGCAUCGGCAUCGUCGGAGGAUGUCAAGAGUAUACAGGGGCUCCGUACUUUGCAGCGAUCUCUGCAUUGAAAGUGGGGGCGGACCUGUCUCAUGUGUUUUGUACCAAAGAUGCUGCCACUGUGAUCAAGUCCUACAGUCCCGAGCUGAUUGUGCAUCCAGUUCUAGACGGCCCUGAUGCGGUGGAGGAGGUGGAGAAAUGGCUGCCUAGGCUACACAGCGUUGUCGUCGGACCUGGUUUAGGCAGGGACGAUAAGCUCCUUAAGAAUGCCAAGGAUAUCAUAGAAAAAUCAAAAGCAAGAGGUAUUCCUGUUGUUAUCGACGCAGAUGGACUUUGGCUUGUUGCCCAACAACCAGCUGUCAUCCAUGGCUACCCAAAAGCCAUCCUCACACCCAACUUCAUGGAGUUCAGGCGACUCUAUGAAGCAACGCACCAUGAGCCGCUGGACAGCAGUGACAUCCAGAGGUCUGCUCUCCAGCUCAGUGUGGCCAUGGGGAACCUGACGGUGGUGCUUAAAGGAGAGGAGGACAUCAUCACCAAUGGGAACAGCGUGAUGGUGUGCAGUCAGGAGGGCAGCAGUCGGCGCUGUGGUGGACAGGGUGACCUUCUCUCUGGCUCCCUGGGGGUCCUGGCACACUGGGCCUACUCAUCAACAGCAGAAGCCACCAAGGGCACGAGCCCAGCAAUGGUGGCCGCCUUCGGGGCCUGCACCCUCACGAGGCAGUGUAACCGGCAGGCGUUCCACAAGCACGGCCGCUCCAUGACCACGUCGGACAUGCUGCCGGAGAUCGGGAGCGCCUUCCGGAAGCUCUUUGAGAGCUGAGGUCAUCACCGGUGGAUCUGCUGAAGGCACCUCCAAGGCAGAAACCCCUUAGCUUGUGGACUUUGUGAAUAUCUUAAUAAAAUCAUUUGGAGAACUGCAAAGGUACCAUAACCUUCAGACCAAAAUGACCAGGUUUCACAGACGUAACACAGCACCUACAGCAAACAAAGAAGCCAUAUUACCCUGUACCCCAGAGAGAGGUUUUCUGAUUAAGUGCCUCAUGAUUUAUAGACCAAAAUGACCAGCAUUUCAUUACACUAUCCAUUAAAUGCAGAGUGGAUUAUGCCUAAAUGAUAAGAAGCAGCAGUUAUGGCAAACUCCUGCACUACAUGGACACACAGGAAUAGAGCAGGUGACAUAUAACCUGCGGCAUUCUUGGUAAGUUCCCGAGGUUGACCUUUAUCACCCAACCUUUGCAGUUGUCCUAUGGAUGGCAAGAGAAUGUAGCUCACACUGUAAUUCUACCAGUUUGUUAACACUUAGUUUAAAAAGAUUAAAAGGCUUGUAUGA